GGCACCUCCAAGGUAGUGAUGGCUCUCCAGAGGACCCAUGUGUUACUUCUGCUCUUGCUGCUGACCCUGCUGGGGCUGGGGCUGGUACAGCCCUCCUAUGGCCAGGAUCGCAUGUACCAACGAUUCCUGCGGCAACACGUGGACCCUGAUGCGACAGGUGGCAAUGAUGCCUACUGCAACUUGAUGAUGCAAAGACGGAAGAUGACUUCACAUUAUUGCAAGCGCUUCAACACUUUCAUUCAUGAAGACAUUUGGAACAUUCGUAGUAUCUGCAGCACCUCCAAUAUUCAGUGCAAGAAUGGCCAGAUGAACUGCCAUGAGGGCGUGGUGAAGGUCACAGACUGCAAGACAGGAAGUUCCAGGGCUCCCAACUGCAGAUACCGGGCCAUGGCCAGCACUAGACGGGUUGUCAUUGCCUGUGAGGGUAAUCCAGAGGUGCCUGUGCACUUUGACAAAUAGGUGCUCCCCAGCAGGGGUUAUGGCCCAGCAACUGGCCUUUAACUUGCUCCUAAAACAGCAAUGAGUAAUGCCUUUGAGCUGUCCCAGGCUCUGCCUCCUCUGCUUUUUUUAUAUAUAACCCAUUCUGUUAAAUAUAUAGCAUGAAAGAGAAAGAUGAGACAAACUUAUAAUGAGUCUGGGCUUUUAC